GGCGGAGGACUACAGCUCCCGGGAGCCCCCGCGCCCUUGGCGCAGAGAAGAAAAGCGACCAACUGCUGCUUUCCUCGCAGUUUUGUGGCGAGAGAAACUGAGGCCGGAGAGUCGGCGGGCAUCGACAAUAACCGCGGGCAUGCUUCCCAGGCGAAUCACCAAGGAAACCCAACGUUUACAUGCGGAGCCGGUGCCUGGUAUAAAGGCAGAAGCAGAUGAAUUCAAUGCACGCUACUUUCAUGUUGUUAUAGCCGGUCCACAGGACUCCCCGUUUGAGGGUGGAACUUUUAAACUUGAACUAUUUCUUCCAGAAGAAUAUCCGAUGGCAGCUCCGAAAGUUCGCUUCAUGACCAAAAUAUAUCACCCAAAUGUAGACAAACUGGGCAGAAUUUGUUUAGAUAUUCUGAAAGAUAAAUGGUCUCCAGCUUUGCAGAUUCGGACAGUACUGCUUUCAAUCCAGGCAUUGUUAAGUGCUCCAAAUCCAGAUGAUCCAUUAGCAAAUGAUGUAGCCGAACAGUGGAAAAGCAAUGAAGCCCAAGCCAUAGAGACAGCCAGAACAUGGACUAGGCUAUACGCCAGUGGGAACAGCAAUUCAAGAUGAAGCUGAAUGCAUCUUACAGUUCUUCUAACUCUGCCAAGAUCUUUCCUUGCAUUCAAAGAACAGUCUUAGACAACUGCAGAAUAAACCCAGACAAAUAAAAUUCUCGGUGUUUAAAUGCAUAUUAGAGACUAUUUGUCAUGUUCAGAUUCACAUUAUAGCAUGAGCAGAGUCUAUACCACUUUGCUUUUUCUAUUGCUCCCCAGUUAAUUUGAAAGCAGUGGUGCACCUCGACAACAAUUUUCUUUCUUAGCACUGUGAAUGAAAUUAGGCUUAGUUAGCUGCUUUAUUGUAAGUUUUUAUUUUUGUGAUGCUGAAAGCAUUUUUGAAAGCAGCUAACUUGUACACAGUAGAUCAUGCCCUUUGCCAAGACUAUAACUUUUUUUUUAGGUGCAGUAGAUUAAGCAUCGUAGCUGAUUUAGUUCAUCCAGUCAGUAAAGAGAAAGAAAAAUGCAUCAUUAUUGUGACACGUAGAUCCUGAAAAGGCUUGUGACUUUGUAUAGCUUGUCUGGGUAGGGAAUGGGGAAGGGAGGUGGGUGGUGUGGGUUUGGGAGGGGGAUAAAAAAGAUUUCUGUAAAACUUUGUUUUAGUAAACUUUUUUUUUGUUCCAUUCGGCUGUUGUACUGUGUUAAUCUUUCUGCUGAGAACAAUACAAUUUAAAAAAGCAAAUCAAGAUUUUAGCAGUUUGUUUCCUCUUCGUUAAUGGAAGUAUCUUCCUUGAAAGAUAGAUGUGUUUUCAUUUCAAAGCCCAGAGUAUCAUGUUCACAUCUUGCAUGCAAACACAGUGAAUAGACUACUUAUGAAGUGCUCCAAGACAGCUAUUUCAUAAUGUUGCAACUGUGCCAGUAACCUGCUUUAGAGCUGAUUGGCCUUUAUUAAUGGGAGAUCCAUUGAUUUCUUCCAGUGAAUUUGACCAUUUGUUUAUUUGGACCUGUGAUCUGUCAGAGCAUGUAAAUAUGUUGUCUAUUUUGACUCUUGCAUAUUAAAAAGGAAAUUCACAAUGUAAGAAAUAAAAAUUGGGUUUUAGAAAGUUUGCAGUGGUACAUUGUUAUUUGAAAACAGCAGUGUAUAAUGCUUCUACAUGAACGGUCAGAGACAGUCCUCUGAUUACAUCUACAUGCAUAAAUUGGACAACAGUAAUUCAGAAGUUCAGGGGAAUGGUCUGUGGUCAUGAAAGGCGCUCAAUGCAAUACAUAUCUUGAUCAACAAUGGAUUUACUUCAACUAUUUUUGUUUAAUGUGUUGUUGCCUCUGGUCAGUGACUUUCAUUCAGGUUACAGCUGAGAUGGGUCAAGUGAAAAGGAUGUGAGCUGAGAAUGUCCAAGUCUGCUGUUAAUAUGGUGUCUCAAUUGGAAAGAACAGUCUUAAACUUGCAAUUGUUUGUUUCAAAUAUUAAAAUUUCUAUCCAUGUCAGU